GCAAACAUGGAGGCUGUGUUGAGCGACGUAGUGGCGCCUGAGGAUCUACUUAAAUUUGAGAAGAAGUACAACAACGAGUUGGCCAAAGGAGCCGUUUCCAAGGACACCAAGUUCGAAUACGCCUGGUGUCUGAUCAGGAGCAAAUACACGAACGACAUCAAGAAAGGAAUCGCCUUGUUGGAGGAGCUUGUCCAGAAAGCCUCCAAGGAUGACACGCGCGACUACUUCUUCUACUUGGCCGUGGCAAACUACAGAUUGAAGGAAUACGAAGAAGCCCUGAAGUACAUUCGCAUCCUUCUGAGGAACGAACCCGGCAACAAGCAAGCUUUGGAAUUGCAGGCGCUCAUCGACAAGGCCUUGAAAAAAGACGGCUUGGUGGGCAUGGCCAUCGUGGGUGGAAUCGGUCUGGGCGUGGCCGGUUUAGCUGGACUUAUCGGCCUGGCGGUAGCCAAGCGAGGACCCAAAUUCUAA